UCGCGGCUGUAUCACGGUGGCUUCACUGACGGAGGAAAGAGACUCAUACACGGGGGAAAGACAUCGUGACGGUCUCUGGAGGAUUUCUGAAGGAUUUAUUCAUGUCGGCAGAUUUGUGGAUUUGUUUUCCUUCGUUCUCAAAUCAAGAACCAACAGAAGUCAGACCAAAGAACAUGAUGCCGUUAUCUGGGAGGAAACGGAGGCAGACUCACAGACAAGUUUCCUAACCUGUGGCAUCACAUCAGCCCCGUUGAAGCGCUCGAGAUCUACGAGAAAAUCAUCGCUGACCUUCAAGACUCGAGCUGAAGACGAAAAAGCUGGAGAUAGAAGACGAAGAGGAGGAGGAAGAGGAGGGAGAAAGAGACGAAGAAUAUUCGUAAAGACGGUCGAUCAUGAUUCAGUCAAAUCACUCCAUCCACUCCGUCUUCUGCUGCUGCUGUGCCGUUCAGACCAGGGAGUUCAGCACCCGCAUGGAGCUGGAGGGAAGCACCACGCUGUGCUUCCAGAGCAGACGAUACCCGGGACACGCCUAUCGGGUGGAAAGGUCGAGGAGGAAGCUCCCCCUCCCUCCUCCUGAGGACGGUGAAGAUCAGGGGUUGUUAAGUGUCGUCGCCAUGUACGACUUCACCGCCAAGGAGGAUACUGACCUCACACUCAAACAGGGAGAAGAGUACAUCAUCCUCCACAAACAGGACCAGCUGUGGUGGCGAGCGCAGGACAAACACGGGAAUAAAGGCUUCAUCCCCAGUAACUACGUGACAGAGAAGAACAGAAUCGAGGCAAACUCGUGGUACUGCAAGAACAUCACCAGGACAGAAGCAGAGCAGCUGCUGAGACAAGAGGACAAAGAGGGAGGUUUCGUGGUGCGAGAGUCCAGUCAGAAAGGAGUUUACACCGUCUCUGUCUACACCAAAACAUCAAGCAGUGCUAGCGGGGACAUCAGGCAUUACCAGAUCAAAAUAAGUGACACCGGGCAGUUCUUCCUGGCUGAGAAACACACCUUCAACUCCAUACCUGACGUCAUACACUACCAUGAACACAACGCAGCAGGUCUGGUGACCAGGUUGAGGUACGCAGUGGGACCGAUGGGAAGGUGUGUACCUGCCACAGCAGGAUUCAGCUCAGAGAAGUGGGAGAUCAACCCCAGCGAGCUGACCUUCAUGAAGGAGCUGGGCAGCGGUCAGUUCGGUCUGGUGAGGCUCGGCAAGUGGAGGGCUGAGCAGAGAGUGGCCAUCAAGGCCAUCAGAGAGGGAGCCAUGUACGAGGAGGACUUCAUCGAGGAGGCCAAGGUCAUGAUGAGGCUGUGCCACCCUAAACUGGUGCAGCUGUACGGUGUUUGCUUGCAGCAGCGCCCCCUGCUGAUCGUGGCCGAGUUCAUGGAGAACGGCUGCCUGCUGAACUUCCUGCGGCAGAGGGGCGGGGCCCUGAAGGAGGCGUGGCUUCUGUCCAUGUGCCAGGACAUCUGUGAGGGGAUGGAGUACCUGGAGGCCAACAGCUUCAUCCACAGGGACCUGGCAGCGAGGAACUGUCUGGUGAACGAGCACAACGUGGUGAAGGUCAGCGACUUUGGGAUGACCAGGUACGUUCUGGACAACCAGUACACCAGUUCUAGUGGUGCCAAGUUCCCGGUGAAGUGGUCGCCUCCUGAAGUUCUCCACUACAGUAAAUACAGCAGCAAGUCUGACGUCUGGUCGUUUGGUGUGGUGAUGUGGGAGAUCUACUCGGAGGGUCGGACUCCGUUUGAGAACUGCACCAACCUGGACGUGGUUAAUGACAUCACCAGAGGAGUCCGGCUGUACCGACCGCACCACGCCUCGCAGCCGCUCUACGCCAUCAUGUACCGCUGCUGGCACGAGAGGCCUCAAGGUCGGCCAACUUUCUCCGAGCUUCUGGAGGACAUCAGAAAACUGGCAGAAAACCCGGAUUAACUCACACAUAUCCAGUAUUAUCAUGCUGUUUUUCAAACUAGUUUUUUUCUGUAACUGUUAUCAUGAAUGUACAGACUGUAUUUUUUAUUGUAAAUAAUUAUUUUUUCAUUAAAACCCUCUUCACAGAU